UGCAGCUCCCUGGAAACGGCGUGAGAGCGACGGUUUGUCAAGAAGAAGCAGAAGAAGAAUUAACGUCAAAUCACUGUUAAUUGUCUUUAAAACUCCCCGAAACAAUUUCUCGAGGUUUAUUUAUUUAUUUAUUUUCUGUCUUUUUAAAAAAUAUAUAUAUAUUUUUUUAUUUUUUAUUUUAUUUUUUUUUUUUUAAAGCGGAGCCGCAACAUCAACCGGAGUUGUGAGUUGUGAAAACUUAACUUUGCCCGGCUAGGCGACGUUAGCCGCGGCUAAGCUAGGUGGCUAACCGACUAGCUCCGCUUCUCAGAGCGGAGAGAGAGGGUGAGCUGAGGCGGAGUGUUUGCCGGCUCCAGCUUCAUCUCCAGCGGCUAAAAAACUUCACAUGGAGGCGACAGACAGUCCGAAAGCCGUGGGUUUCUCUCUCCACACACCACAGGGCACGAUGCAUCGGAGGGAGCCCCUCUCGUACUGUAAGGCUGGAGGAUACGUGCACCGAGAGAUGAUAUGGCCGAGGAUGAUUCGUGCGGAUCUCGCAAGGAGAGGCAAUAGGCCAGGCAGGAAAUUGGAGUAAAAAAAAAAAAAAAAGCUGAGACAUAAGGCUUGUGCUACCCAGCAGCGGCUUGUUUGUGUGUCACUGUGUGUGUGUGUGUGUGUCAGAGAGAAAAGAGAGGGAGUGUGUGUGUGUGUUUGAAGUGCCUAUGGCGGAGUUUGGGGAGGAGGACGGCAGCCUGUCUCCGGUGAAUCUCGGGGACACGGCCGUGCCCGGCGACGCGUCCGCGGGCAAGACGCAUUGCGAAGUGUCGGUGCUGAAUGGAGAAUGUGGGAUGUCAGGAAACAACAACAUGGUCGGCUCGGGAUCCCUCCUCGUCGUCGCACCUGGCGGCCAGAGCGGGGUGGAAACCGCCAACAGCACCGCGGGACCGGACGCCAAAUCCGACAUACCGCGCAGGAGCAGCAUUAUCAAGGAUGGAAGACAACGUAAAGAAAGAAAGAAGACUGUGUCGUUCAGCAGCAUGCCCACUGAGAAGAAGAUUAGCAGCGCAAGUGAUUGCAUCAGCGCGAUGGUGGAUGGCACGGAGCUGAAGAAAGUGCGAUCCAAUUCACGCAUUUACCACCGCUACUUUCUCCUGGAUGCUGACAUGCAGUCUCUGAGAUGGGAACCUUCGAAGAAAGAAUCGGAAAAGGCAAAAAUUGACGUGAAAUCCAUCAAAGAAGUUCGGACGGGGAAAAAUACGGACACUUUUAGAACUAAUGGAACCUAUGAUCAGAUAUCGGAGGACUGUGCUUUCUCAGUCAUCUUUGGGGAGAACUAUGAGUCCCUGGACUUGGUUGCAAACACCGCAGAUGUAGCCAACAUAUGGGUUACAGGUCUGAGGUACCUGAUCUCCUACGGGAAACAUACCUUGAAUAUGAUCGAGAGCAGUCAGAACAACAUGCGGUCAUCUUGGCUAGGGGAACUCUUUGAUGAAGAAGAGUGCAACAAGAGCAGACAAAUAACAAUAUGUGCUGCUGUGCAGCUAAUCAAAAAGUUGAACCCAGGACUUAAAAAUGUGAAAAUAGAACUGAAGUUCAAGGAGCUUCACAAAGCUAAGGACAAAUCAAGUUCUGAUGUAACAAAAGAGGAGUUCAUUGAAGUCUUUCACGACCUUUGCACCAGGCCAGAAAUUUAUUUUCUCUUUGUUCAGUUCUCCAGUAACAAAGAAUUUCUCGAUACCAAGGACUUAAUGAUAUUUCUCGAGGCAGAGCAGGGAAUGGCACAACUUAGCGAAAACACCAGUUUAGAGGUCAUUCAGAAAUAUGAACCAUCUAAAGAGGGUCAGCUCAAGGGUUGGCUUUCACUCGAUGGGUUCUCCAACUACCUUAUGUCUCCCGAGUGCCAUAUAUUUGACCCUGAACACAAGGCUGUAUGCCAAGACAUGAACCAGCCCUUGUCCCACUACUAUAUCAAUGCGUCCCACAACACUUACCUGAUAGAAGAUCAGUUCAGAGGUCCCUCUGAUGUGACCGGGUAUAUCCGUGCCCUGAAGAUGGGCUGCCGCAGCGUUGAGCUGGACGUGUGGGACGGACCUGACAAUGAACCUGUCAUUUACACUGGCCACACGAUGACUUCGCAGAUCGUGUUUCGUAGCGUCAUUGACGUCAUCAACAAGUAUGCCUUUGUUGCCUCUGAGUUCCCACUGCUACUGUGUCUAGAGAACCAUUGCUCCUUAAAGCAGCAGAGAGUCAUGUUUCAGCACCUCAAGAAGAUUCUUGGAGACAAGAUCUACAUAGACCCGCCAAAACCAGAGGACUGUUACCUCCCCUCUCCCGCUGACCUGAAGGGAAAGAUCCUGCUGAAAGGCAAGAAACUGAGCACUAAUUGCACGGCUUCAGAAGGCGAGGUAACGGAUGAGGAUGAAGGGGCGGAGAUGUCUCAAAGGAUGAGCAUAGAGUCUGCAGAACAGCAGAUGAUUGCACUGAAGAAAUUCCAGCUGUCAAAGGACCUUUCUGAUUUGGUGACACUGUGUAAGUCUGUGGAGUUUAAGGACUUUCCGACAUCUUUCCAGAACCAGAAGCACUGGGAGCUCUGUUCUUUCAACGAAGUCUUUGCCAGCCGGUGUGCCACUGAGUUCCCAGGUGACUUUGUCAACUAUAACAAGAAGUUCCUCGCACGGGUUUACCCUAGCCCCAUGCGGAUCGACUCAAGCAACAUGAACCCCCAAGAUUUCUGGAAGUGUGGCUGCCAAAUUGUGGCAAUGAACUACCAGACUCCCGGCCUGAUGAUGGACUUGAACAUCGGCUGGUUCCGCCAGAACGGGAACUGUGGCUACGUGCUGCGGCCGGCUAUUAUGAGGGAGCAGGUUUCGUAUUUUAGUGCCAACACUAAAGAUUCAGUGCCUGGUGUUUCCCCACAGCUCUUACACAUCAAGAUCAUCAGUGGACAAAACUUCCCCAAACCCAAAGGCUCCGGCGCCAAAGGAGACGUAGUGGACCCUUACGUUUACGUGGAAAUACACGGCAUCCCCGCCGACUGCGCCGAGCAAAGGACUAAAACGGUCAACCAGAACGGGGACAACCCUCUGUUUGACGAGAGCUUUGAGUUUCAGAUAAACCUCCCCGAGCUCGCGAUGGUGCGCUUCGUGGUCCUGGAUGACGACUACAUCGGCGACGAGUUCAUCGGCCAGUACACCAUCCCGUUCGAGUGUCUCCAGCCAGGUUUCCGCCAUGUGCCGCUGCAGUCUUUGACGGGGGAAGUUCUGCCGCACACCUUGCUGUUUGUUCACGUGGCCAUAACCAAUCGAAGAGGAGGCGGCAAACCGCACAAGAGAGGACUGUCUGUACGAAAAGGGAAGAGGAGUAGAGAGUACGCCAGCAUGAGAGUGAUAUUGAUCAAGGCUUUGGAUGAUGUCUUCAAAACAGCCAUGCUGCCACUGAGGGAGGCUACAGACCUCCGGGAAAACAUGCAGAAUGCCAUAGUGUCCUUUAAAGAGCUGUGCGGCCUCUCGGCAGUGGCUAACCUGAAGCAGUGCAUAUUGGCCCUUUCCCCUCGGCUGACAGGACCCGACAGUAGCCCCCUGCUGGUGUUCAACCUCGCCGAUCAGUACCCGAACCUGGAGCCCCAGGGUCUGCUACCAGAGGUCCUCAAGAAGGUCGUCACCACCUACGACAUGGUGAUCCAGACCAGCAAGACGCUGCUGGAGACGUCCGAGGGGAUUUACGAGAGAAUCCUCCAGACACAGAGAGCAGCGAUGGAGUUUCACGAGAACCUCCACGACUUGGCCGUGAAGGAAGGGCUGAAGGGUCGGAAGCUGCACAAGGCGGUGGAGAGCUUCACGUGGAACAUCACCAUCCUGAAGGGCCAGGCCGACCUGCUCAAACACGCCCGAAACGAGGUCCAGGAGAACCUGAAGCAGAUCCACUACGCCGUGCUCACCUGCAACCUGAGCAAAGGCGGGGGGUCGGCGGGGGGGGGCGGCUCCUCCAGCUCCUCGGAGGCCCGGGGCCGACGCAGCCUGGAGGCCAUUCCUGAGAAGGCCGUGGCCGAGGAGGAGCUCAGCGACGAGGAAAACUAGAGACCUGCGAUCAGACCCGCAUCUGUUCCUGCCUCCUGAGCUCAAACCCACGGCCCCUCCCCCAAAAACCCACCCCCACUGUCAUUACCCACUCACCAGUGUUCUUCCACAUUCCACCGAGUACAUUCCUGUAUCACAAGCACAUCCACAAACCCCCCCAAAGACUUCUGCCUUGUCAUCAUCUAUUCCAGCCGCCAGCUCCCUUCACAAGCAGUUUCUGUUUUGGCUCCUCCCACCCCCCCGGGUCGUCCGUCCAGGGGGGAGGAGCCUGUUGUCGUCCUGGGUGAGAGCUCAGCAUCCGAACCACCUGACUCCUUUUUAAGACGUACUGUUUGGAGAAGAUGCACUUCUACUCAGCGGAGCAGGCGUUACCAGAGAACAGGCCUCGGAAGAGAUUUUUUAGUUGGAAGAGAUUUUUUUUUUUUUUUUCUUAAAGCACAAUUUCCUGAAGCAACGAAUGUAACAGGACCAAGGAGGAAACAGAAGAAGGAGGAGGAGGAGGAGGAGGAGGAGUAACGUCACGAAUGAGAGUAAAGAGCUGUUUACAAAACCGAACUCGUCCUACGUUCUCGUCUGCCAAAAUAGUAAACUAUGUGUAUAUAUGGAGUUUCCUGUUACCUUUUUUCUGCAGAGUGCAUCAUUUUAUUAUUAUUGUAUACUUGGAAAGAUAAGAUUUAUUUUAUAAAAGAUAUACGUGAGUUUUACUUGUCUGUGCGCAUCGAGGUUCGUCAGGGAGGAGUGACCGACCGCAGAGUUUCUUCUUUCUUUCUUUCUUUCUUUUCCUGGUAGAGAGCUUCAACACGUCGAGACAAAAUAAAUAAAAACAUGAGCGAAUAAAAGACAAACGUCAGAAACCGACUCAACAAGCAGCUACCGCAUGAACAUGAACAGGAACCACAGCCUCCGCGCCGCCGCCGCCGCCGACACGCACUGAAAAGCUUGGACAUGUUUUCACACAGGGUCGACUUUUCGUUCCAACUUUUAGCUUCUUCCAAGUUCAAUUUAAAUUCUCAACAAAGACCGAAAGGUUUUGGUUUUUAAAUCUCGUAGUUUAGGGUGUUAAUCGUUCCAUAAAGGUCGUGGUUCAUCAUCAAGAGUUUCCAUUUAAUGUUUAAUUUAAUUCCCCUCGUGUUUCUCUCAUCAACGUCUGAUCCUGUGAUUUAUUUGUUUCUAUUACGUCAGUAAUUAUUUAGAAAGGGGCGUGGUUUAAUUAUUUAUAUGACACUCACUGAAAUACUUGGAAAUUCAAUAUAAAAAUCUAAGAAUGUUUCCUUGAUUUUUCUCUGAUUGGCUCAAUGAAAACCACAUAAAUAAACCUCACUGCAGUUUAAAAUGAGCUCAAACCAAUUAGCGGCCAUUAUUAAGCCCCGCCCACAACCAUCUUUCCCCAACUUCCUGAACAACUUUCGAACACAAACGAUGAAAAAAUGCAAAUUUGUUUAAAUAUACGUUCGUUUUUAAAGUUUCCUGCAAAGUAAAAGUUGCAGAUUUAGAGUUAAAAAUGUUGAAAACGAGUAAUAAAGGCUCCAAUUUAAAGCAGUUUCAGUUCCACCAUCUGUCCUUUUAUGAGCAAAUACACGUCCCUCCUCUAACUUAGACUUAGACCAGACCAUCCAUCCAUCCAUCCAUCCUUCAUCCAUCCAUCCAUCCAUCCAUCAGACUUCACCUCUUUAAGCCGACUCAGAACAAACUCAGAGAAAACGGUCGCUGGAGAAAAGCUAAGAGUGUUUUUAUUUUUCAUUCUUUUCCUUCUUUUUAAUUCUCCCUCUGUGCUCACAGUGUUUUGUGCGUCUUGUUUUUGUUUUGUUUUUUUGUUGUUUUUUUUAAAUGCUGUCCACACUUCCUGCCGAUCACAACGAGUUUCAGUGCUGUCGUAUUUAUAGCUGUUGUUGAGAGGAUGAAAAAAAAAAAAAGAGAAGCACUUCAACUGUAUUUCAAGUCUCAUCUCUUUACCUGUCGAUUAAAAAAUAAUUAAGACUCUGAAUAAAAGUAUGUUGGAUAGA